AUGGCGCUGCCUCCUGCCCUGGCUCACAUCCCAGGCUCUGGAGGACCACCGCUGUUGGGAGGAGUCGCUGGCCCUGGACGACCCUGGGUCUCUGAUCAGCGGGGGCAGGUGGAUGACCCUGCGUUCUAUCACCUCGGAGCCCAGGGAGGACAGCACGCUGCACGGAUGGCCCGACCGGGCUUUGAGGUCGUGGGGCAGAGGCUGGGCUGGGUUGAGGUUUCGAAGCUCUUUCUCCAAAUAUUCCAGAACGCCGUUGGCUACGGGAGGAAACUCGAGCGGUUCCCCCCCCUCCCUCAACCCCCACCACCACCUCCUGGUGCUGAUGCCAAGAGCCACCGGAGCGCGGCCCAGGCGGGCACUGCCCAGCAGGGCGGCUCUGCAAAGACCAGGCCACAGCGGCUUCCGGGCCUCGCCGCGCCCCAGGACAAAAAUAACAUGCUCCUCGCAUACCCAGACGGAAAUGAAUCUCAAGAUGUUAGCAUCACUCAGCUAUGUAACCUGACACAACACCAGUCUCUCCAAAUACUAGGGUGGCCUCGAACUCUUGGCGAUACUCCUACCUCUGCCUCCCGAGUGCUGGGAUUAAAGGCAUGCGCCACCACGCCCGGCUCAAACGACAAUUCUUAUUAUACACGAAUCAAAGACGUGUGGCUCGUGAACUGCCCUAGUGUGGAAACACCUUUGCAACCACCACUGGAUGAAGGAUGUCGGACAGGAUUACCUUUCCAGAAGCUCCUCCUCCCUCUCCCUCAAAGAAAAUCUUCCUGGAAGAGGAGAACAGCAGCUACCCAUGCCAUUUAACCCAGACUCACCUACCUUGCUUCCCUCCACAUCAGAACGCUGCCUCCGCAAGGACAGUGAACAAUAUUUACAUUUUCACGGCACUUUGGAAAGCCACUGCUACUGGAGGGAAGAAAAUGAGUAAAGUGUUUAUCCUUGGAAGAAAGGGAAGAAUAAAUUCUAGGCUAAAGGUAGGGGAGGAGCAGAAACACAAAUGGAGGUGGCCAAUAAGAAGGGUCACAGUGUCUGAUUUAAGUAGAAACCUAGGGCUGGAAAAUGGCUCAGUGGUUAAAGGCACUUGCUUGCAAAGCCUGAAGGCCCGGGUUGAUUCCCCAGUAACCAUGUUAAGCCAAAUGCACACAGUGAAACAUGCAU